CUAUCACACAGCUGACUCCUCUUUUCUAUGCUGCCUGCUGUAUUACACAUUGCUCUAUGCUUUUCUUAAGACUCCUGUCUCUUGGCAGCACUGGCCCAGAUCUAACACAAGCAGAGCAUAAUGCAGGCACACGCACAUUCACAGGCAAACAGUACAACAGCUGUGGAUAGCAAAGGAAAAUACUCAGUGCUGUCUUAGUGGCAGCCAUUUCAGACCUUGAAUUGCAGAGAUUUUUUUCCCUUUAUGUUUGGCUAUACAAAGAACUGGGUUGCUGUGUGAGGAGAAGCAGAAACUGCACACUCCAUAGGUGACUCCUGGGAAUGCUUAAGAACCACUAACAAAAGCAACAGCAGCAUUAAGUCGACAGAGGCAAGACUGGUGUGGAUCGUUAAAAUAGCAAAGUUAUUGCACCAACAUUGUGGAAAUUCAAAGCUAAAGAAAGAGGGAAGCAUGUCUGCAAAGAGCAGGCAGAGAAGCAAAGUGACCAAGGACAGUGUGACGCUACUGCCUUGCUUUUAUUUUGUUGAGCUGCCAAUACUUGCAUCUUCUGUUGUCAGCCUUUACUUUUUGGAACUCACAGAUGUAUUCAAACCUGUACAGUCUGGAUUUAGCUGCUAUGACAGGAGUCUCAGCAUGCCAUAUAUUGAACCUACACAAGAAAUCAUCCCAUUUUUGAUGCUUCUUAGCCUAGCGUUUGCUGGACCUGCUGCUGCUAUAAUGAUUGGAGAAGGAAUACUUUACUGUUGCUUUUCUAAAAGAAGAAAUGGGUUUGGAACAGAGGCCAACAUUAAUGCUGGAGGCUGCAAUUUCAACUCAUUUCUUAGAAGAGGAGUGAGAUUUGUUGGUGUCCAUAUCUUUGGAUUAUGUGCAACUGCCCUUAUUACAAAUAUUGUCCAGCUAUCAACCGGAUACCAAACUCCAUAUUUCCUGACCAUAUGUAAACCAAACUACACAUCCCUGAAUGUAACUUGCGAAGAGAAUUCAUAUAUUGUAGAAGAUAUCUGUUCAGGAGUGGAUCCUGCAAUCAUCAAUGCUGGAAGAAAAUCUUUCCCAUCCCAACAUGCAACGCUUGCAGCUUUUGCAGCUGUAUAUAUUUCUAUGUAUUUCAAUGCCACUUUAACUGACUCCUCAAAACUGCUGAAACCAUUGCUGGUCUUCUCAUUCAUCAUUUGUGCCGUGAUGUGUGGCCUCACUCGUAUAACCCAGUACAAGAAUCACCCAAUUGAUGUCUACACUGGUUUUCUCAUUGGAGCGGCCAUUGCUGUAUAUUUGGGUCUUUAUGCAGUGGGAAACUUUCAACCAAGUGAUGAUGGUAUAAGUCCUCCAAACCAACUCAGAGAGCCUCUGCGAUCACUAACUGAUCUUAGCCAAGACACAAGCAGGGUUCUACAAGGGAAAAUUGGUAGCAGCAGUGAUGGCAUUUCUUCUCAUCAUUCUGAAAGCAUCUUAAAUCGUAGUCAUCGAGAGUCAAGUUCACUGACAAAUAUCAAAAGAGCAAGUGCAGAUGUAGAAAUUAUAACUCCACGAAGUCCAAUGGAGAAUAUGGUAACAUUUAGUAACACACUGCCACGGGUCAGUGCUCCUUCAGUAGAAGACCAGACAAGAAGAAAUGCUUCAAUACAUGCAUCAAUGGAUUCUGCUAGGUCAAAGCAACUUCUUUCACAAUGGAAAAAUAAACAUGAUAGCCGUAAACUAUCUUUACAAGUCAUAGAAGCAGAGCUUGGUCAGUCACCACAGAGGCCCAUGGAGAUGCGAUCAAGUUCAGAGCCAGCAAGAGUUGGAGUAAAUGGAGAGCACCAGGGACUAGCCAAUCAUUAUUUGAAACUUCAACCAGGAAGCAUUCCUGGGUCUAACACUGGUAUUUCUGGGGGGGCAAGAGUGUCCAUUCAGUCACGGCCUGGCUCAUCUCAGCUGGUUCAUAUUCCAGAAGAAACUCAAGAAAAUGUCAUCACAUCCCCCAAAACCAGUACUGCGAGAUCAAGGUGGUUAAAAGUAGCUGAAAAGAGUGGUGCCUGUAGAAGCAGCAGUCAACCACGUAUUAUGCAAGUUAUAGCGAUGUCAAAGCAGCAAGGAAUGAUUCAGACCAGUCCUAAAAAUUCUGAAGGGAGUACAGUAAGCUGUACAGGCUCUAUACGAUACAAAGCUCUAACAGAGCAUGAACCAGCUAAUAUUGUCAGGGUAGAGGCCCACCCAGAAAACAAUAGACCAAUUCUUCCAGCCUCAACAGAAGGAGAAGGGAGUGGCUCGUGGAAGUGGAAGGCUCCAGAAAAAAGUGCUCUUCGACAAGCAUAUGAGCUUAAUGAUCUGAACAAGGAUUCAGAAAGCAGUGAUUCCUUGAAAGAUGGUUUUUGCCCCACUGAUCGAAAGAGAAGCAAUACUGACGUUGAUCAUCACCAUCAUCAUGGAAUUACGACAAUAAGGGUAACACCAGUAGAGGGCAGUGAAAUUGCUUCGGAGACUGUGUCCAUUGCAUCUAGCCGUGACUCCACCCUUCGGAGAAAAGGAAACAUCAUUUUAAUUCCUGAAAGAGGAAACAGCCCAGAAAGUACCAGAAAUAUAUUCUAUAAAGGAACUUCACCCACAAGGGCAUAUAAAGAGUGAGAUAUGUCUGCUUUGGUUUCUACUACAGUUAUUUGAUCAUAAUAAAGCUUCUGCUUUUUCUUCUACUGUGGUGAGAAAAAAAAUCUUAAUGUGCCAAUAAAUUUCCAAUCAACUCUAGUUUGGAUGGAUAUUGCAAUCAUUUUUGUGGAUGUCCAGUGCAUGAGCUUACAGACUUUGUGUACCAAAAGCACAGAACUUCUAUCUAAAAAUUGUAAAGAGAAUGUAUUUAGCUGAUUUUAUGAAGAGUGAAGAUGUUUCUCAGCUUGAAUACAUUUAAAUGAACAACUGUGAUGAAAUCAUUUACAGUUUCCAGAUGUGUCAUGUUUUCAAUUCUGACACUCUUAAUUAAAUUAAAAUGGAAAAAAAUGGUUUCCUUUUCUGAGAAUGAUAUGUAUUGUGCCAGUGAUUUCUGUGACUCCAUUUACUCAUAUCAAGGUCAUGAAUUUCCUAUCCAAAAAUGCCUUGCAGGUUUGUUUUAAUUACCCUAAGAAGUUUUAAUUAGCAUUAGGUAAUUGUAUGAAUACACUUAACUGUUAUAGAGAAUUAGUUAACUGUAUUACAUACUAAAGACUGAAACUGGCAGAGUUACACCUUGUGAUUUUCAAUAUUUAAAACACUGAGCUGGUAUUUAUUCUCUUUAAUUUGUGUUAUAAUUGGCUAUUAGAUAAUGAGCCUGAACAUUUUUCCAUACAUAGAGAAACAUUUAUCAACUCAUUGACUGAUUUUUGAGUUGACCUCUAAUUUGUGUUCUCUAAUGAAAAUGUUGUUUUUUUUAAUAUACAGAGGAAGUAUAUUAUUCAUAUGUACUAAUGCAAUUACAUAGUCAAGUUGGGGUAUUAAACAAUUAAUAUGUCUUACUGGCAAUCUAUUACAGAGUGCAACAAAUCAUUAACAUGAUUGUUUUCAAAGCAUUCAAAGUACCUAAACAGAAUGCUGCAUGAAAGAACUAUCACACGUUCUUACUGUACUGGUGCCAAAAGUUUUAAACGUGAAUCUUUUAUCCCUCUGUGCUAUCUCUGCAAAACAAAUAUACUAUGAUAGUAUAUUUUAGUUAGUAAUACAGAUAAAAUCGGAGCAUCAGGUUCAGGACUGUAAUGCUGUAUUAAGGUGCCUAUCAUCUUGUUCUGAACAAGAUGUCCAUGUUUGUAAACAGUCCAAAAUGCUAAUAUAACUUAUUUAAGUAUUUAAUCAGAAACAAGAUGUCCAAUUAGGCAAUAUAGAAUGUACACUGGCAUGCUACUUAUAAGUCAGUGAAUAAAUUGCAUAGUAUAUUUACAAACAACAUUAUUUAUCAAAACGUUCGCACUCAAAUAACAUUUCCACCCAUAUUUUGUAGAAAGGUGGAAUAUAUCAUCAUAAUGUGCAAAACUGCAUCCAUUGACGGUAUUUUUCUUAUAUGUUAAACUAUUUAUUUGUAUUGUAUGUGCCAAAGGAUACUUUUGUAAGGAUGUAUUGGUUAUAUUUCUUUAUAAAGCAGAGUUGUAAGAUUUAAAUCACUCAGCUACACCUAUAUGUAUAUUUGAUAAGGAGUCUUUUGUAAAUAAAACCUAUGUUUACAAUCAGGUAAAACAUAAAUGUAAUUUUUAUUGCUGAAAAUUAAGUGAUUGGUCCAUCUUUUUAGUAUCAGUACAGCUUUCUAAGCUCUUUCUACGCUUAAUACCAGGGCACUUAUCACUGAUUACAUUAUACAGAGUCCUAUAAAGAAUAUGGUGAAAAGUUAAUAUGAAAACAGAUAUGCUUCAAGAUGAAUUUAGAACUUAACGUAUGUUCUAAAGUGGCAUUAUCAAUGUUAGUACAUGAAGGAGUCAUUAUUAGGAAAAUGUUUUGACACAGACAAUUUCUAAUAUGUUGUUAACUGAUGUAUUUUGCUAACUGUGUAAAUUAAUUGUAUUGUAUGACUAAACUUUACUAAGCACAGUACUGUCAAAAUAAGCAAAUGAAAUGCAUUGUUCACUUUGAUGUCACUUUGGAUAUGGGUUACAAAUACUGUGCAGAUUAAAUACAGAAAUAAAUUUAUGUUAAUAAAGCUA